GUCAAAAAACACUUGUUUGUUUGAAUUUUGAUGUUUACAUUCUAUUUUUUUUUUGUAGGUAUUAUUAAUUAAUUUAAAUCUAACUUUGUUUUUAUCAUGAUUUAAUCGCUUAGUUACAAAAGUCGAUAAUAAUCAACGUUUAUCUAUACAUUAUAAUUUACUUUAAAUCCCAAGGAACAAGACGUGUUAUUACACCUACAGCUGUGCUAUGCGAAUAUUCAUUUUCCUGUUCUGGUUCUCAUUAAUUAUUCCGUUUUUUUCCCAGUCCAAAGUCUGAUAUUGUUACUGCAAGCUUGUGUUGUUAGGUUUUUGUUGAUAUUUGUAUCUCGUAAAAUUAACUCAUUUUAGAAAGCAACAAAACAACAAUGUCAAACGUCUUCCGUCGUACAGUGUACAUACUAAUAAAUAAAACUAAACAAUCGUUACCAUCAUCUCGUCAUAAAAGUACAGAAGCGAAUAUUCUAAAGUCUGUUUAUCAAGAGGUGGAAGGGGUUAAUCAUAUCACAGUCAAUGACUUUGCAUGGCAAAACUUGGAUAGAUGGCCUGACAAAACUUUAACUGUUUGUGCUGCUACGGGCCAUGGCUACACAUACGCACAAACCCACAGGAUGUCCAUAUCGUUUGCUGCGUCCCUCCGCUUAAAGCUAAAGCUGUGUAACGACGAUAAAGUAGCUGUCAUAUUACCAAAUGUGCCAGAAUACCCUUGUGUAGCGCUAGGCAUACUAGAAGCUGGCUGUAUUGCUAGCAUGAUGAACCCUGCUUAUACAGCUCAUGAACUAAAAGUACAACUAGAACUAAUUGAAUGCAAAGCAAUAGUAUCAUCAAAACUAUCAUACCCAAAUAUCAUACAAGCUCUCAAAGAGUUAAAGUUAAAUAUACCAGUAAUACUCAUAGACAAUGAUAGUUUACCAGAAGGGACGAUAAAGUUCGCAGAAUUCGCUGAAGAUUUGGGCAUAGACACGGAUUGUCUGAAGAAAGUCAAACGAAGUACUAAUGAUGUGGCGAUAUUGCCGUUCUCUAGUGGUACAACCGGGUUUCCUAAGGGCGUGGUGUUGACACAUAAAAGUGUCAAUGCCAUGAAUAAGAUGAUAUUUGAUCCAAAGAUUAUAGCUGUUGAUGAAGCAUCUGCUACCCACCAAUCCGUGCUGCCAGCAGUGUUGCCAUUCUUCCACAUAUUCGGCUUCAACUUGCUCAUGAUGAACCUGAUGGGGAGGGGCGCUAAACUGGUAACACUACCCGUAUUCAAGCCAGAUCUAUUCCUAGAAGCCAUUGUGAAAUUCAAAGCACAGCAUUUGUACAUAGUUCCACCGAUGGCGGUAUUUUUGGGAAAGCACCCAGCAGUAACGCCGCGUCACUUGGAAACUAUAAAGGACAUAGUCUGUGGCGCCGCUCCCGUUUCCAAGAGUGAUGCUGAAGCUAUCCUUGAGAAAAAAAAAGGUCUUAUCUUCCGUCAAGGCUACGGUCUGACGGAGACCAAUGGCGGCAUAUCCGUGGGACACAACAAGGACACGAACCACGCUGCGGUGGGACACAACUUCGCCGGCUCGGAGGUGAAGAUUGCCGAUUUGAACACACAGGAAGCUUUGGGGUCUGGAAAGGAAGGUGAAAUCUGGUACCGAGGUCCAAAUCUCAUGACAGGGUAUUAUAAGAACGAAGCAGCGACUAAAGAAGUGCUCACGGACGACGGCUGGUACAAGACUGGUGACAUCGGCAAAUACGACGACAACGGCUACUUGUAUGUUACUGAUAGGCUGAAGGAACUUAUUAAGGUAAAAGGAUUCCAAGUCCCACCUGCAGAACUAGAAAUGAUUCUCCGAACACAUCCGAAGAUCCUCGAUUGCGCCGUUUUGGGAAUCCCCGACCCGAUCACCGGGGAGGUCCCCAAAGCUUUCGUAGUCACCCAAUCAGGACAGACCGCGAAAAGCGAGGAAAUCCUGGAGUACGUCAAUAGUAAAGUGGUCGCGUUCAAGAGGAUAAAGGACGUUCAAUUCGUUGAUGCUAUUCCUAAGAAUGCCGCUGGUAAGAUAUUGAGGAAGGAUUUGAAGGCAAAGUACUGUUAGCGCAAACUGUGACAAAUCAUUUUAAAGUUAUAGAAACACGACAGGUAUAAAAUUACUGUUAAUUACAUGUCUUUUGUUAACUGUCAAUAUUUUUAAAAUGUCCUGAAGAAGACGCCCAAUAUCAUUUACGAAAAGUGUAAUUAAUAUUCCUGGGAUAAUAUAAUUAUUAAGAGUAAUUUAAGUGGUAGGUAAGUAACUUUUUAAUCAUAUUGACGAUUAAUAUACAAUAACAACGUCUUCAUUUUGUAAGUAUUAUUAUUAUGAUGUACCUAAUUAUAAUAUUGACGAGAUGUAUGCAUUUAUUCUAUUAUAUCAUAAUGUAUUGAAAUUUUUAGUACCUAUUCGUCCUAUUUACAAAGACACUAAAAGUAUUUUAAUGCUGUGAAAACAGUUUUUAUGUAAGUUAUGUAAGUUUUUUAGAUUUAUACGUAUACAAACUACAAAGUAUUUGUGAAUAAAGCCAAUAACUUUUUAUACUUCAUGAUAUUCAGUUUUUAUCGUAACUUUUAAUAAAUCUGUAUUUUACGAUGUUUCUAUUUAUGUAAAAAAGGUUUCUGAGUUAGUUAUACCUAUCUAAAUAAGAUGGUUAAAAUGUGUUUAUACAUAAUAAUAAGUUUUCAAAGGAUGUUCAAAGAAUUUAAUGCUGCAAGUUUACUGUAGAUUCUAGAAUGUCUACAAAAAAAUUUAAGUACUACAACAAUUAAAACUGACUGUAAUUAUAAGGUAACAAAAUAAAUUAAGUAUAACAACAAUUAAAACUGAGUAAUAUUAUAAGGUAUAAUAUAUAAAUAUAUUGUGAAAUUAAGUGUAAAUUCUAAUGAUGAAUACUUAGUGCUUUGGUAGAGUACAUUUUGUGCAUAUUUUGAUACUGUAUUAUUUUCCGAUGUCUACUAAUUACUCUACGUAAAUCACGUACCAAGAAUACUACUACCAAGAAUACUACGUAGGUACCAAGAAUACUGGCUGCAUUGCUAUUAUUAAUUACAAUCAAUAUUUUUAUGAAAUGUUAUUUAUCAAUUUGAUUAUUAUAAAUAAUAUAAGUAGAUGUAUUAGAUAAUAUUAGUAAUAUUAAUGGAAUAUGGUGUAUACAAUUUUUUUUUAUUGUUGUUUAGUUUUAUAUAGAAAAUAUUUGAGAAUUGUUAACUGUGGACGAAAACAAAUUUUAUAUUAUUACUAGAUGAUGCCCGCGACUUCGUCUGCGUGGAUUUUUUUUAUCCUGCGGAAACACUUUGAUUUUCCAGGAUAAAAAGUUGCUACUGUCAAUUUCCGGAAUGGAAGCUACCUCUACCAAAUUUUACAUAAAUCGGUUAAACAGAUGGGCUUUUAAGAAUCUCGUGGGAACUCUUUGAUUUUCCGGGAUAAAAAGUAGCUUAUGUCCUUCCCCGGGAAGUAAGCUAACUCUGUACCUCAAAAUCGGUUAAACUGUUGGACCGUGAAAAGGUAGCAGACAGACAGAUAGACAAACACACACUUUGGCAUUUAUAAUAUUAGUAUGGAUUCAGCUUGCAAACCGCGACGCCUUUGCAAGAUGAUCCCUCUGAAAAAGGACCCCGGACGGGUUUGAAACUAGUCGGGCUUACGUCGACUAAUCACGUGAGUAAAGCCGGCGGAUUCUUAUAUAUU